AUGUCCUCAGGUGACGCCUACAAGCGCUGCCUCGACAGCAACCACCAGUGGGCCGACAAGGUCGCAAAGGAGGACCCCGAAUUCCUCAACACCCAAGCCAAGGGCCAGGCUCCCCCCAUUCUCUGGCUAGGAUGCGCCGAUUCUCGAGUCCCCGAGACCACCAUCUUGGGUUGCAAGCCCGGUGAUGUCUUCACCCACCGCAACAUCGCCAACAUCAUCAACCCGACCGACAUCUCCCUGCUGUCGAUCGUCCAGUUUGCCGUCUUCCACUUGAAGGUCAAGCACAUUGUGGUCUGCGGACACACCUCUUGCGGUGGAGUCGCCGGAUCGCUGGCCAACUCGAAGCUCGACAUCCUCGAUAUCUGGCUGCAGCCAUUGAGAGCGCUGCGUGAGAAGUACGCUGACGAGUUGGAGUCGAUGGAUGCCAGCGAGAGGGGCACGUUCCUCGCCAAGAAGAACGUUAUCGCGGGUGUUGAGACGCUUGAAAGGAUACCCACCGUCAUCGAUGCUAUGCGUGAGAGGGGAGUCACGGUGCAUGGUCUCCUGUAUAACCUUGCUACCGGCAAGCUGGAGGAGGUGGAGUUUGACGAGGAUGAGAAGACGGCCAACAAGCGUGUCACUGCUUUUGAGAGGAAGUAG